ACAAUCGACGUCACUAACCAACGUAGAUGAAAAUUUCUUAGUACGUCGCGAGUAAAACGUGCAUUAAAUGCAAUAAAAGGGCAGCUGGCUAAGGAUCGGAACGAUUAAAGUCAGCCAACCUCAGAGGGGUGAGCAACCGAGGCAGUGAAUCCGCGAAUCCGUGCAUCGGGCUGACCAAAGGGCGAGAUUAGCGCAGCACCGAGUUUCCAUCCGCACACGGACACGGCGCACACACACACAGGCACACGCAGCCCGUACCCAUCGAUGAAAUAACAUACAUAACGAACGUAUACCGAAAAUACACGGGUUACGGGAAAUAGCAGUUGCUGCAAUCGGCGGAUAAGCGAAAUUCGGGAAGCGGAGCAAGCGGGCCCACAAAGAUGUCGGAUAUCAUGAACAUCGACAGUAUCAUCUCGCGCCUGCUGGAGGUGCGCGGCGCACGACCGGGAAAGAAUGUGCAGCUAUCAGAGAGCGAGAUCCGCAGCCUGUGCCUCAAGUCCCGCGAGAUAUUCCUGUCGCAGCCCAUACUCCUGGAGCUGGAGGCACCGCUGAAGAUCUGCGGCGACAUACACGGACAAUACUAUGACCUCUUGCGCCUGUUCGAAUACGGCGGCUUUCCGCCCGAGUCAAACUACCUGUUCCUGGGCGACUACGUCGAUCGUGGCAAGCAGUCCCUGGAGACGAUAUGCCUGCUGCUGGCCUACAAGAUCAAGUACGCGGAGAACUUCUUCUUGCUGCGCGGCAACCAUGAGUGCGCCAGCAUCAACCGCAUCUACGGGUUCUAUGACGAAUGCAAACGUCGCUACACCAUCAAGCUGUGGAAAACUUUCACGGACUGCUUCAACUGCCUGCCGGUGGCCGCCAUCGUGGAUGAGAAGAUCUUCUGCUGCCACGGCGGCCUGAGUCCAGAUCUGUCGUCCAUGGAGCAGAUACGACGCAUCAUGCGUCCCACAGACGUGCCCGAUCAGGGACUGCUGUGCGAUCUGCUGUGGUCGGAUCCGGAUAAGGAUACCAUGGGCUGGGGCGAGAAUGAUCGCGGCGUGAGCUUCACAUUUGGAGCAGAGGUUGUGGGUAAAUUUUUACAGAAGCACGAAUUUGACCUGAUCUGUCGGGCUCAUCAGGUGGUGGAGGACGGUUAUGAGUUCUUUGCCAAACGUCAGCUAGUGACGCUCUUCUCGGCGCCCAACUACUGCGGGGAGUUCGACAACGCGGGUGCCAUGAUGUCCGUGGACGACACAUUGAUGUGCUCCUUCCAGAUAUUGAAACCCGCCGACAAGCGACGCUUUGUUUAUCCCAACUUUGGCAGCUCAGGACGUCCUUUGACACCGCCACGCGGAGCCAACAAUAAAAACAAGAAAAAAUAAACACUGCACACCGCGAACGAAGCACAACAACAACAGCAACUACAAACGGCCACACACCCAAAACACAAAUAGGGAAAACAGAAAGAAGAAUCCGUGUGUCCACAUUCAACGGAAAGCGCAGAGAGUUUGUUUUUAUCAUAAACGUGUAAUCGAAUCGUGAGCAACGUUAUAUGGGGUAUAUGAAUCUACACAAAUUAGCCUAUCUUUCAUUUGAAAAGGAAAAACAAAAACAAAAUCAAAUAAGGAAAACGAAACGAAUGAAAGGAAAUCAAGAAACCAGAAAACACAAAUCGAGACACUUUAGUUCAAACUAAUGGUAGUGUAAGACACUGCAUAAGCAAGAAUAUUUUAUCUCCUAAUGUAUUAAUUUUGUUAUAAUAUUUCCUUGCGCAAAGCCCACACACUCACUCACACACACACAUACACAUGCUCAAAUCAUCCGUACAGUAGGUACCAUAAGUGCACGCACCGAUUGUAUUUAAAUUUGCAUUUCCAACUCGCACAGCAUUUUAAUUGUGUAGGCCGAUCCUGGCGGCACUUUUGGCAAAGGUCUUUAACCACACUUCCGUUAUUCCUUGUUUUUUUGCGUAUCUAAAGGGAAUAUUAGCAAAUGGUAACAAUGUUAACUUUUAUGUUAAUUAAACUGUACGAGAAUGCUUUUAAAUGUGAGUUGAGGUUACUACAUAUUACAUAUGUAUGUACUCGCGGCACGAUUUAUUUUUGUAAUAUUUGACAUCGAUACAUGUUUACUUAGUUUUAAAACGAGGAAAGCAAUUUUAGUUGCAAGCUAUAUAAGCUUGAAUUGUUUACACCAAAAAUAUUAAAAUAAACAAAUAUUGUGAAUAUUA